AUAAACGUGGUGCAAUCCUAGUUCUGAUUGGUUCACUCAAGGCCGUCCUGGCGGUACUUUUACCCUACGCUCUUAGCAUACAAUUGUAUGUUCGCAGAGUUCAGAGCCAGUACUUCUGUUCAUUUCUAGGUUUUCUAAAUAAUCGCUCUGAUAGAUCACCAGUAACGGCAUCGGCUGUAUUUGUAUGACUAAAUAUAAGGAGGGUCGUCAAAGUACUUCGUUGUUUCGUCUUCUGAACUUUGAACUUUUCGUCAAACCAGUAAUAUGAAUCUUAAUGUUAACUUGUCUAGAAUAAGUUCGUAAUAUCUUUUGGGUUAUCUGCAAUAACUGGGUGUGUCGCAUAUCUGGCCUACCUUAAUUUGACUCAUCAGCGUUCUCAGGAUCUUGCAGCAAGUAGCAACAUCAGUAAUAACCAUAAGUCUAACUGGGACUGAUCUUAGAGAUGCCACUCUACAACACAGUAUUGUAUAUUCCUCCCAUUGAACCCCCAAGAAUCACUGAUUUCGACUCCAGCGCUUCUCACAUUAACGACGAUAGAAUUAAAAUUGCUGAAGUAGAAGCUUGUUUUGGAGAAUUUGAGGCACAACUUUCUAAGUUUUGCCAUUGUAGUCAAUCGAAUGAUGUUCAUACUCAAUGUUGUGUACCUGGAGCUGGAAAUUUUACACAUCCAGUGAAUGAAAGAUACCUACGUCGUACUGUAGAUGAACAAUUAAGAGAUCUUACACUUGAAGGUGAACGUAAUCGAACACGUGUUGAUCGCGAUCCUCAGAAUAGUAAUUUUGAUCGAAACUCAAUUUCCAUCUUACAUCGACGUGGAAGAUUUGACUCACACAGAGCUCAGGAUUCUGUUACACAAUCCUCAAGUGAGCUACCUCAAAAUUUUAACGAAUCCAUGACUGCAGGCGGAAUAGCUGAGGCAGAAAGCAGUGAUAAUUUUCUUGUGGAUGAAGAAGAAGCCGAGGCUACAGUUGCAACAGAAGAAGAACUUGAUGCCACGGAAUAAACUUUCUCGAUCUUUGUUAUUUAGAAUUAUUAAGUGUUAUUAUUUCCAUUUUGGGAAAUCCACCAACUGAUGUUCAUGUCAGAGAUGUAAAUAUAUAUGUAGUAACUUGUUAUUAUGUUAUUGCUUCAUCUUCCAAUCUGUAGGUCUUCAGACCAACUGGACAUCAUAGUUUGAACUUUUUCGUAA